AUGGAAAUACGUUACUACGUUGGGAAUCCCGUGCUACCACAAUGGAUCCUACUCCCUCCUCCUCCUCUUCCCACAGAGACAGAGGAAUCCCCAUUCGUUUAUACUUUCAGUGAUUCGGGACUUGUGACACGAAAGCACAACAAUGGAGCCAUCUUAGGUUACAAGGUGGUUAGAAAAAAUAGCCGAGCACGACCAUGGAGUUUUGAGAUAUUUUCAUCGGAUACGGGUAAAUGGAGUGUUACACAAGUCACCUGUCCCGGACCUCAUGGUGGCUUUCUGCUCAACACAUCCAAUCCCGUUUCUUUUAAUGGGAAACUCCACUGGCUUGAUUUAUCCCGCCGUGUUAUUGUCCAUGAUUUCUUCUCACACGAUAAACAAGCUCGAGCCAUAAGCCUACCCGACAACUUGAAAUGUUUACCAGCAUUUACCAUUAAAAACACUCCAUGCGGCAAGAUGAUCUGCACCACCUCGCAAGGAUAUUUUGUGCUCAUCGAUGUUGGGUUUAUAAAAGAGGUCAAUAGCUACAAUGUUAGGGUCUGGAGGCUCAAGAGUGAUUCUUGGAGCUGGGAUCAUGCAUUGGAAAUCAACAUGGCUUCUGUAGGACUUGGCCCUAGCUGUGUUCCAAUGGCAAUCGAUAUCGAAGUCAUCUACCUAUGGGACUUGCAAAGCAAAUGUUUCGUCGCUUGUAAUCUCCGGACACUUGCAAAAUCUUAUGGAGCUCGUAAAGUUGGUACUCCAGUCAACUCUAACCCUUUUGAAACUCGUGAAACCGUCUACAAGGAAGAUGAUUUCCGCUCAGAGCACCUUUCGUUCCUUUCGCAUUUUGUUCCGUCCUUGCAAGUCCUACCUACUACCCUUAGGAAGCCCAAGAUGAUAUAUAUAUAA